AUCCGAUUGACCGCGAUCCGAUUUAUCGUCUCUCAUCUAACCGAAUACAGUUUUUACAUCAUGGUGUUUACAUGCCUCAACAUGUAAUUGCAAAAAAAGAGUAUUUUGCUGAUUAUAAUUUAUGACAAUUAUAUCAUUAAAAUAUUCAGUGUAAGUCAAAGUGCGUGUGUGAAAAUAUGGUGCUUUGGUUCUGUACGUGCUGUGGUAAUCUCCUGAAAUUCGUACAGCACCCUGAAGGCAAUCGGUUUGCAUGCCCCACGUGUCCGUACAUUUAUAAAAUAAAAAAGCCCAUUAGAAGGCGUACUUAUUUCGAAGGCCCGGCGCGGGAAACGGUUAUUGUCGACACCGAAUCUAAAUGGAUGGGGGUAGAUUCAACGGACGAACGUUGUCCCAAGUGCUCGCAUCCACGUGCCUUCUUCAGGCAGGUGCAGAUCAGAUCCGGCGAUGAGCCUAUGACUCAAAUUUACAGAUGCUGCAAUCACGAAUGUGCCCAUACAUGGCGAAUCGAUUAAAAUCAGGGGGUUUCUCGCAGUUUGUGCAGCCGUUCGAGCAUUUCUGGAGCUUUAUUCAAGGAAGAACAAUAAUGAAGCCUAGUGAGAUGGGUCCAAUGAGAGUCAAGAUGAAUAAGGCAAGGAAUGAGUUGAAGCUGAUUGAUAAAGAAGA